AUGAAAACUCCCACUAAGUCUGUCAUGAACUUCCCUAAUAUCCCAAGGAGUGGCGGCACAUCCACCGGAGGUUCAGGAAGGAUUGUCACCAAAGCCAACAUAGGAAAAGACAUAGGUGGUAUGGGGGCUAGGCGUAUAGAUGGCCUCGAAGACGUCAUAGGUGAUGCCAAAUGCUUGAGCGACGUCAACGAUUUGAGAAAAACCAACUUCAUAAAGGGGGAGGCUCCGAUGAAAGGAGGCGACGCCUCGGGUCUUGUGGGUGAUACCAUGGAUUGCGCAGGCAGUGCCUUGGGUUGCAUAAGCGGUGCCUUGGGUCUCACUCUUGGUGAUGAGCUAAUGGGCAACGACGCUUUCAAUGCUUUUGACGGAGGUAGUAGUGCAAGAUCAGGCGAGAUCGAAGGCAGGCAGAGCAACGAUGGAGGCCACAAGGGCGACGUCAGCAACACGCUGGGAGGCGUCAGCAACAAGCUGGGCGAUGCCAGCUUCGUUGCUGGACUAGGCCUAGGUGAUGCCAGCUUCGCUGAAGGCACUGAAGUGAGUUGGAGCGUAGGCGACGACCAUGGCGUGACACUGGUAUUGAGGGGAUGCCAGGUGGCAAUGCUUGGGGCACCGGUUGGCGAUGCCUUGAUCAAGGUGAUGCAGGCCACAAGAGGCGACGCCAACGACCAGGCUAGUUAG